AUGGCAUCGGCCUCAGGGACGGCGACGUCUGCGGGCGUCCAGAAGGCGCUCCAGCGCGUCAAGGCGCAGCUGGACGCCGGCGCGUUCUACGAGGCGCAGCAGAUGUACAAGACCACCUACCACCGCUACCACACCCGCAAGCAGCUGGACGAGGCCUACACCGUGCUCAGUGAGGGCGCGGUGCAGCAGCUGCGCGGCGGCCAGAUCACGUGCGGCACAGAGCUGGGCACCAUGCUCGUUGAUGCCUACGUCGCAGACAAGGCGCCCGCGGGCCCUGUGGCGCUCGGCGCGCUCUGCGACAUCGUACGUGCGAUGCCCGCCCACAGCGCGGAGGACGCCGCCGGCGUCGACGCGUGCAGCCGGUUCGUCACGGCGGCGGUCAAGUGGGCGCACAAGCAGGGCGCCGACGCAGGCGUGCGCGAGCUCCACGACCUCUUCGCACAGCACCUCAUAGCCGCGUACGGCUGGCGCCAGCUCGGCCGCGCCUCUGUGCACUUCGCGCGUGGCGCCGACGCUGGCGCGUUCGCGGCCGCACUUGCCGGCUGCGCCGCCGAGGCGCCUGCAGAGGAGCUGGACCUGUUUGCGGCGCGCGCAGUGCUGCAGACGCUUGCCUGCGCCCACUCGUCAACGACCGGCCGCCAGCUGCAGCACGCGGACGCGGUGCUCGACGCUUGCAAGCGGCGGCCGUGGGCCGGCGGGGCCCCCCUGCCGGACUCCCCGCUUCUGCACUUCUGCCAGUUCCUGUUGACAGCGCUGCAGCAGCGCAGCACGCGGCUCGAGAAGCUACUCAAGGCCAAGUACGGCCCCUCCCUGGCGCGAGACCCCACCCUGGGGGCGUACCUGGCGCGCAUAGAGGAGCUCUAUUUGGACGCGGGGGGCGGCGGCGGCGGCGGGGGGCUGCUGGCGGGCCUCCUGCGCGGCCUGCUGGAGGGUGACGAGGAGGACUAA